AUGGAGGCCGUGUGGCGGCCCCGGGGCGCCGCCGUGUCGUCGCGGAAGCGCGCCGCGCGGCCGCUCGGCGACGCGUCGGCGCGCGCGGCCGCCGCGGCCGCGCGGCCCGCGGAGCGCGCGCUGGACUCGCUGCGGGCGGCGCUCAAGAAGCGGGGCGUGCGGGGCAUCGUCGCCCUCGCGCGCAACUUCCGCAUCGCCGACCGGGACCGCUCCGGCGCGCUAAGGGAAGUGGAGUUCGAGCGGUCCGUCAAAAACUCGCAGAGCGGCCUCGACAGCUCCGACAUCAGCGCCCUCUUCGCCUACUUCGACGCGGACCGGUCCGGCGAGGUCGACUACGACGAGUUCCUCGCCGCGAUCCGGGGCCCGCCGAACGCGCGGCGCCAGGCCAUGGUCGCCGAGGCCUUUUCCGUGCUCGACGCGGACGGCUCGGGCGUCGUCGAGCCGUCGGACAUCGUGUCGCGCUUCGACGCCUCGAAGCACCCGGACGUGAAGAAGGGGGCGCGCACGCCCGACGAGGUCAUGCGCGAGUUCCUGGACACCUUCGACGUCGGCGGCGUCGUCGACGGCAAGGUGACGAAGGACGAGUUCCUCAACUACUACCACAACGUGUCCUGCUCCAUCGACGACGACGACUACUUCGAACUGAUGAUCCGCAACGCCUGG